CGCCCCUGGUUGCGACGGGAGCUCACGGUGCUAUAUGGUACACACAGCACGCUGGUAGACAUCGUCCAGCGCAUCAUCAUGGCGCGGGUGGCUCGCCAUGGCCUGGAGGACACGCCCACCAUAGAAGAAGAGCUGCGGCAGUUCCUGCUGGCGCGCACUGACCACUUCCUGCACGAGCUGGUCAGCUUCGCACGCUCGCCGCUCAGCCUGGAGAGCUACGACCUGCAGGCGGUGUACGAGCCGCCGGACGCCGCCAUGGAGCUGGACGGGACGAGCAGCUCCUCCGACGGCAGCUCCGUCAUUGCCAUCUCGGAGGGCGAGGAAGAGGCGGGGCCUGCUGGGGGAAGGUCAGACGAGGCGCCGGCGGGCAGUGCCUAUGACAACGACGACGUGGUCCAAUCAGGAGGCCCCCUCAGCCUUUCAGUCUGGGAUGAUGAGACUCCAGGCCCCUCCUACUCCAGCGCCGAGCCGUCCUGCUCGCUAGCCGGCCCGUUGUUUGGCCACGCCCCCCAAGAGGCCACCAAUGAGGGGCGAGGAGGGGCGGCGGAGGAGGAGGAGGAGGAGGAGGAGUGUCUGAUCGUAGGGUUCAAGAAGCCGAUAGCGGAGCGGACUCCUGAGCUGGUGCAGCUCUCCUCCGACACCGAGGAAGAGAAGAAGAAGGAGGAGGAGACGGAGGAACUCCCUCCCCUCCCCCCCUCCACCCUCUGUUACCUACCCACAAUCCCUCCCUCCACGUCGGGCUGCUAUGGCGGUGAGCGGGAGGAGGAUCCGAAAGAGAGGGAGGGCGAGCCUCGUGUUCGUUCCUUGUCUGGCAGCUCCGGAGGAAGCGACAGUUCGGUGCUCGCCGUGGGUCCGGCGCCGCCCGGGGAUGAGAGGCAAGGCGGGGAGGAGGCAAAAGACAAGAGGAGGAAGAGGAGGAGGAUCGGGCGCGAGAGGAGCGGCACCUUGCACAAUCCCAACCGCUCCCUCUAUCCCGCAAUGAUGCGUCACUACUCCUCCUCGCCGUUCCACUCCAGCGGGUUGGGCUCUGGCUCGCCGCCGAGCCCCCCCAGCUCCACCUGGGAGUACCACUUUUCCCAGGUGUCUCCUCUCUCCUCUUCUGUCUCGUCGCACUCCCGUUGCUCUUCCUCCUCCUCCUCGCCCUUUGGGUCCUCCCCCCCACCGGCGCCCUCGCUGUCGCCCAGUGACCGCGGUGAGAAACCCAGCGGGAAGAGGAAGUACAAGAGCCGUCACCUGGACGACAAAGACCCCACCUGGAGGCCGAGCAGCAAGGAGAAGAGGGGGGGGGGGAGGAGUCGAGAGAGGCAGAGGAGGAGCGUCGGCGAGAGGAGAAGCCGAGAGGACCGAAGCCCCAGCGUGGAAAUCGUCUACGAGGGCACCGCCCCCCCACCUGCCCGCAAACGCCGCAGGAAGCGUCAGCGCAGGACGCAGCCCAGCAGCUUGCCGGUCAUCAUCACCCUGGACAGCGACAGCAGCCUCGGCGACGACAGCAGCCUGAUCAGCAGCCAGCGGACCGUCGACUUCUCAGACCUCCCCCCGCUGCCGGGGCCCCUCCCCCCUGCCGACGUCCUGGACCGGGGGUCGGAGGUCGAGCCAGGGGGCCCCGUCGCAGUCGACAACAUCAGUGACGUGGACGUGGAGGGGAGCGGCUCGCUGCUGGGAUCGGACGAUGAUGUUGAACGACCAAUCGGAAAGAGGGACACAUCCUCCGCCGAUGUCUCUAGCAAGAGAGACUCUGAGGUGUUGUCCUCUGACAGCUGUCUCCUAGCAACCAUCCUCAACGACCUGGAGGGAAUGGCUGUGCCGCCAGUGAUCUUUGACCCUGGCCAGCUGGCCAAUGCCGGAGCAAAGUGCGCGAGGGACGCCCCCCCUCUGGAGCGUCUCCCGAACGAGGCAGAGGACAUCACUCUCCUGGAGCGUCCCCAGGAGGACGUCCCUCCUAAGGAACGUCCUCAGGACAAGGGCAGAGGACAUCACUCCUUCUGGAGCGUUCCCAUGAUGAGGGAGAGGACAUCAGUCUCUUGGAGCGUCGCGGCGGGGCGUCCCUUCUAUAGAACGUCCCCUGGACAAGCAGAGGACAUCACUCCUCUGGAGCGUUCCCAUGAUGAAGGGAGAAGACAUCAGCCUCUUGGCAGCGUCCGCGGGAGGGCGUCCCUCCUAAGGAACGUCCCCAGGACAAG